GGCCUCACGCAUCCGCACACAACACUUUAGAGCAACCACCCAACCUAGCAUCACCCAAGAAUCAGCCGCUCUCGCUCCAUCACCGAGGCCGCAGCAAAGGCCCCCGAGUCCACUCGCUUCUUGGCCAAUACUUGCGCGGCACCGUGCACAACAACGCAUACGCAAGCCCACAGCCCACAGCCCACCUCCUACUUCGACCCAGGCCGUCCUCCCGACCGCCACACCCAAGAGCGGCCCUGGUCGUAGGUGGGGGCUCAAUCCAACCACACUGAACCCGAGACCUCCGCUUGCCACAGGCAUCUGGCUGGCACCAACACCCGCUUUCCGUGCCUGUCGGCCAAAUCUAGCCUAACCACGUCUUUGUUGCCUCGGCCGUCUAUUUUACAGUUUUUCGGGUUUGGCACACCAGCUGCCCGCUCUCCUGCCUGCUCCACAGUUAACAGCUACUUCCCACUCUCCCCCCUCCCCCGUCAUCUCAUGGGUGCUCGAUCAUCGCGCCGCCUCUUCCAUCCUGCCUAACUUGCCCGCCGCCUGUCUCGCGGCCGUGCUGUUUGUGCCCCAUUUCCGGCCUACGGCUGCUGCCAUUCUCAUCCCAUCCCCCGCCUAGCGCGUGUUCUGUUUCAAUCCACCUCGUCUCGCACGGGGUUUGGGCCGCAGGGGGGGUGGUUGAAAUCCGAACCGAUACCCUUCUUGCUGCUCCGUCCUGCCUAAUCCCAACUAAAAUACCCACCCACAUCCUCUCUGGGCUCAAGGGCCGUGCCGCGAACUCAACUCUCUCCCAACUCACCGCCGCACCACUCCGUCGCUGCAAAGAGGGCCGCCGGCCUGUAAAAAAACAAAUCAAAAAUCAAAACAAUAAACACAACAUCACACGGCCCAAACCCACACCCAGACCCGGAUUCCGGCGCGUCACCAUUCUCGAUGAUUGCGACGACAAUCGCCGCCCUCUUUUCUACCUGAGUCAAAGCGCGCGGCGUGCCCUUCCUCGAUCUGGGCAAUUGGCGCCACCCAUUCUCCCUCCCUUGGCGCAGGUGAUCCAAGUCACUGUGAUUGGCCUCGGCCUCGAGACACGCCGAUUUCUUUCCUCCUUCGCUCGAGAACGAACGCCUCGGAUUCCUCAGCUAUCUAGCCGCCAGCGCGCUUCUGCGCCCCCAGCCUUGACUGAAAGAGCAAAAAAAUAAUAAAAAAUCACCCCGGCCUCAUCGUUUUCUGUGCCCCUCAUCAAAUCCCCUUGUUUGUUCUUUUGAGAGGUUUUUGUUUUCUUUUUCCCUCCUUUGCGCGACUGUGUCGACAAGGUCUUACCUAGUCGUCAAGUUCCCUCAAGGAAGGAAGGAGGAAUAAAAACCGGACAACAUGGCGUCGCAAAACAGUAUCUACACCUCGGGUCAGUUUAUGAACCCUGGCCCAGCGCCACGACCCCCAACCGAUCGCCCCCGCCUGGCCCUCACGCCCAAUCCGAACCUGCCGGGCAACAUGGCAGGCAUGAGCUUGAACUCGCCCGUUGCGGCGAGGCAGCAAUACGGCGGUUCGACCAUAUCCCUUCCCUUGGGCCGCCAAGUAUCCAACACGGACGGUCUUGGCGGUGUCGCCGUCAUCAAGGAGGGUUGGGCGCAGGUCAAAGAGAGCAAGAACUUCAUUCAGCCAUGGAAGCAGAAGUACCUUAUUUUGCGCAAGGAGGCCCUCGACUUCCAUAAACAAGAAGGCAGCAAGGUCUCGUAUACGCUAUACUUGAAAGAUGUGAUCAACGUCGGCCGAGUCGAAGCUGCCGGGACAAUCUUCGAGGUCAAACGGCAUUCCAACGGUUCCUCGACGAGCCCCGGCGAUGACGAUGGCACGAUCCGAACCCUGCAGAUCCGCGUCAAGAGCGACGACGAUCUGUACGAGUGGAUUGACUUUAUCUACGCGCGCUGCCCCGGAAUGGGUGGUGUUAGCAACCCGACCAACUUCUCCCAUGCCGUCCACGUCGGUUUUGAUCCACAGACGGGCGAGUUCGUCGGCCUCCCUCCAGAGUGGUCCAAGCUCCUGAACUCAUCGGCCAUCACCAAGGAGGACUACGAGAGGAACCCCCAGGCUGUUUUUGAAGUCCUGGACUUCUACUCCGAUCUCACCAAGCGCGCCGAAAACCCUGCGCAGUAUCCUAGCCUUACCCCGACCCCGCCUGCCGGGAACAUGCAGAACAAGCAGCUCGGUUACAGCACGGGCGCAUCGGUUGCCCCACCGCGGCAGAUGCAGCCCAUGCAGUCCAUGCAGCAGCAGCAGCAAAUACAGCAGCAACAACAGAUGCAGAUGCAGAUGCAGCAGCAGCAGCAGCAGCAGCAACAGAUGCAGCGCCAGCAAAACAACUACCCCAGCAUGUCGCAACAAACAUCCGAUAUGAACCGGGAUGCGGAGCGCCAGAGGCAAGCCGAGGCAGCCCAACGCCAGCGCAUGAUGGAGAUCGAAGAACAGAAUCGUCGUGAUCUCGAAGCGUACAACGCAGCUAUUCCCAAGACGAAAACCCCGAUGGCGCAACAGGAGCUCGGCGGUUAUAGCGGCGGCGGCGGCUCGUCUGCAGACCGUUUCAACCCCAGCAGAGCACCGCCCCCGGCACCAAAAUCGGCCGCCCAACAGGCCGCCAGCCUCCGCGCCCAACGUCCGGCACCCUCACCACCGACUGCAGGCUCCGGUGGCAUGCAGCAGCGCCCCGGCAUGUCGUCUCAGCAGAGCAGUUCGUCGUCGAUGCGGGACCCCAUGGCUCAGCAGCAACAGCAGCAGCAGCAGCAGCGCCUACCACCCCGAAACGACCAGCCCGCCCAGUCCUCCGCCCAGAGAUACCCCAAUGGCCCCUCCUCUCCUGCGCCCCAACAGAGGACCAACGGACAGCCGCAAGGCCAACCCCCGUCGCGGCUCCCUGCGCCGGUUAAGCCGCUUAAUGUGCCAGCAAAGCCCUCGCCGCAGUCCGAUGCCGUUAAGGCGGCUGAGGCGGCACUCACCGCGAAACCGCCAGCCCAGGAGAGAUCGAAGGACGUCCGCAUGUCCACCAUGUCGGAAAGCGAGGUCAUGCAGAGGCUCAAGGAGGCCGUUUCCAAGGACGACCCGAACCUGUCGUAUGCGAAGCAGAAGAAGAUCGGCCAGGGUGCAUCUGGCUCUGUCUACGUCGCUAAGGUCAGGGAGACGGCUGUUUCCCCGAUUGCGCGCAACAUCCUCCGCGAACAGGGCGCCAAGGCGCAGGUUGCGAUCAAGCAAAUGGACCUGGCCCACCAGCCGCGCAAGGAGCUCAUCGUCAACGAGAUCAUGGUCAUGAAGGACAGCAAGCACAGGAACAUUGUCAACUUCCUGGAUGCCUUCCUGCGAAACAACUACUCGGAGCUCUGGCUCGUCAUCGAGUACAUGGAGGGUGGUGCUCUGACCGACGUUAUCGACAACAACCCAGUCAUCACAGAGGAGCAGAUCUCCACCAUUUGCCUGGAGACGUGCCGUGGCCUGCAACAUCUGCACUCGCAGAGCAUCAUCCACCGUGAUAUCAAGAGUGACAACGUCCUUCUCGAUGCUCGCGGUAACGUCAAGAUCACCGAUUUUGGUUUCUGCGCCAAGCUCACCGAGUCCAAGUCCAAGCGCGCCACCAUGGUCGGAACUCCCUACUGGAUGGCACCUGAGGUCGUCAAGCAGAAGGAGUAUGGGCCCAAGGUUGACAUUUGGUCGCUGGGCAUCAUGGCGAUCGAGAUGAUCGAGUCGGAGCCGCCCUACCUGAACGAGGAGCCUCUGAAGGCGCUGUAUCUGAUCGCUACUAACGGGACGCCCCGCCUGAAGAACCCGGCCAAGCUCAGCAAGGAACUGAAGGCCUUCCUUUCGGUGUGCCUGUGCGUUGACGUCAAGAGCCGAGCAUCGGCCAGGGAGCUUCUCGAGCACGAAUUCUUGAAGCAUGGCUGCCCGACUGGCACCCUUGCCGAGCUCUUGGCUUUCAAGAAGCACGCCAAAUAAGGAAACCGAGAGAUGUCACCCCGCUAGACCCCACGAAACCCAAAGAUCCAGCACAUGUUAUUGGGUACCAAUCCUCAACGACGGUUUUUCCCCCCUCCGCUGCAUCAGGGCGUUUCAACAUCGAAGGCACGAGUUCAAAAGCUUUUCCGCACAAGCUUAUGGCAGCUGAAGCCAACAGUUCCUGGACCUUAUCUGGGGUACUCGGGCUCCGCGCGAGCACUAAAUACCAUUGGAUUCUCCGAACACCCCUUCUCGCCCCUUCACGCCCUUCGCCCACGUUUUAACGGCUCCUUUUCUCUUCGCUCCCUGUUAUAGCAUGAAAAUCUGUUUUCUUGUGGUGUCAAGUAAUGCCGUCUUAUAUUUAUUGUUUUUGAACCUUGCAUAAGGGAUGUCAUUGUCUUUAUGGGCCCCGGGCUCUGGGCGGUCUAUUUUUUUUCUUGACGAAUGUGUGGAUGAUGCUUGGGACCUACGGCGAGCUUCCAGUUAGGCAAAUUAGAGGAGAAAUGGUACAAAAUAGGUACAUG